AUGACUCAACAUUUUGUUGAAUCAAAAUCAAAAGUACCUCAAUUUUUUGGCUUUUCUGAAAUUUUUAAUGAGCAGGAUGAUCAUAGUUUGUUAAUAAAUUCCAUACAAGAGGACUUUGAUAAAUGGCAACAGGAUAAUUGGAUGAAAUACUGGAACAAAGAGGGUGAGAAUAUUGUACUGGAGACUUGGAAUGAAAAGUACAAGGAAUUUUUAAGAGAAGGGGAUGCAAAUUUGGAUAAAAAAGACAUACAGUUGGAAUCUAUAAAAGGGGGAAAAGUUGUGGAGUCAGGCGAAAGCAGCGUUGACAAUCAAAUAGCACAAGAAGAAUAUUCCCAAAGCUGGAAUGAAUUGUGGGAUCAACACAGAGAGGAAAUUUAUUUUGAACAGUAUUUACUCUACACAACAAUACUCUACAAUUAUUUUUUGGAAUUAAAAAACUCCCUAGAACAUAUACUACCCAUUGAAGAAGCAAUCGAAGAGGAGGAGGAGGAAGACGAAGACAAUAACAAGUACUCAUCGAAUGAGUAUAACAACUUAUCCGAAGAAUUGGAACAAUUAAAACUUUUAGGUUUACCAACAGCUUUUGGGGGUCGACCACAAAAUUCAGCUAAGAAAUCCAAAAAACUGCACAAAACUCUACACUUUAGCGAUUUCUUUUCCGAGUCGGAUAUUGAGAACACAUCUAGCGAAUCUGAAAUGGAAGAUAUUUCGGCGAGUACUUUGCCGCCUUUGCAAGAGGAGGAAAACGACUCAUCAUCGCUGCAUGCCACAGAGAACAAUGCAAUUAGAAAAGUGCAGCAGAAAUCCCAAAAGAAAAAGAAAAAUCGUAAACUAAAGAAUAUUCCAGCAUUCCUUAUUGAAGAAAAAGGUAUGCUCAAGUAUUGGCGUAAACGUUUUAGUCUAUUCUCCCGUUUUGAUGAGGGCAUACGUCUUGACCGUGAAAGUUGGUUUUCUGUCACCCCCGAAAAAGUGGCAAAACAUUUGGCUGAACGUCUACAAACCAGUAUUCUUGUUGAUGGCUUUUGUGGCAGUGGAGGAAAUGCCAUACAAUUUGCAUUGACUUGUGACAAAGUAAUCGCCAUCGACAUAGAUCCACUUAAAUUGGAAAUGGCCAAACAUAAUGCCAAGAUUUACAAUGUAUCGCACAAAAUAGAAUUCAUAUGCGGAGAUUUUCUUCAAAUUGCUUCCACGGGUAAGUUAAAAGCUGAUACUGUCUUUCUCAGCCCACCCUGGGGUGGACCGAAAUAUAAAAACAAAAAGGAUUAUGAUAUUGAAAAGUAUCUGCUGCCAGUCAAGGCAUCCGAGUUGGUUGAAGCGGCAAGGCACAUUUCGCAAAAUGUGGCAUUGUUCCUACCGCGCAACUCUAAUUUGAAGCAGAUUAUUAAACUGGCUGGCGUUGGAAAUCGCUGUGAAAUUGAGCACAGUUAUUUAGAUUCACGUUUGGUGGCCAUUACGGCCCUGUAUGGUGAAGAUAUUUUAAAAAAUAAAUCUUCUGAAACAUAGUUUUGUCCCUCGCUAUUAAAUUAUUUUUAAACUUGACCAAAUAAAAUUCUGUUAUUUUUGUAUAAAUAAUAUUAAACCAGUAAUUUAAAAUAAAAUUUUUAAUCAUUA